AUGAAAAAUAUAUCCAAUAAUCCAAGAAAUUCAAAAGACCUAACAAAUAAAACAGUAUCAAUCAACUUAAAUGUAUAGAUAGAAAAUUAAGAAAAUUAUCAAAUAGAAGAAGAAGAAAAAGAGGAGGGUUAAGUACCACUAGAUAUAAAUUUAUAUAAAAAAAGUAAUGAUAAGCAUUCAUUUUUGAAGAAAGUAUUUAUAUCAGGAGUUAGACAUGCAUAAUUUGAUGGUGAAGUGUGUGAUAUCUCGCUAAAAAUAUUGUACGAAAUAUUAAGAGUAAUGGGGUUGGAAGCAAAUGAAUUUUUACUGCUAGAAGGGUAUAAAUAUGGUUGUUUUUAAUCUUAAUAUGGUGAAGAUUUAGACAAAUUUACAAAAAGCGGGUGCAGUUUUAGGAAAUUAUCUAAAGAAAAAUUAGAAGUUAAAUAAUAGAAACAAAGAUUUGAUAUUGACGAAUACAUGAUAUGGCUGGUUAAAAAUUUACAUCGCUUAAAAUAUGACACGACAUUACAUUUUCAUUACAUGAGAAAUGUGAGAAGAGGAAUUUACUAAAUAGAAAAAAAUGACAUUAAAUUGCCAGCAUUUCAUUUAAGUGAUAAUGAAUAGUUAGAAUUGCUUUAAAAAUAUAAAACACCUAAAUAUAUGAAAUAAAGACAGGAUUCUCCUUCUUUAAUAGAUGCUGAAGCUUAAAGAACUUUUUAGUAUUUUCAAACAAAGAAUAAAAAAUAUAUUACAACCUUAGAAAGUAAGAAGAAGGAAUAUAUUGAGAGAUAAAGAGAAUACUCUGACAGAUAGCGUAAAUUAGCUAAAGAAUUUUAUAAUUACCACAACAACAAGUACUCUCCUAAAAAGUACCCCUAAGUUACAUAUAGAAUUAAUACUUAAGGUGUUUAUUAAAUUGAUUCAACUGAAGACUUCUCUCUCCAGUAAACUAACAAUACAAGAUGUCAUACAUCUAUGAAUGAAUCUGAAAAUAAUUAUAACAAAUCUUCAUUAGUAACAAACAAUAAAACUCCAUCAAAAACAGUACAAUAUUCUAAAUAAGAAAAUAUGUUUUUGAAAUCUGAAAAUGUAAACAAUGUGAAUUAAGAAAUAGAACAAAAUGACCAUUUUAGAAACAAGCAGAGUGAUAAUUCUUAAAAAGGUAAUAUGAAAAAUAAGUUUCCUAGCUUAAAUACUUCUCCGAAUUUCUCACCAACAAAAUCUUAGAAUUAAAGAUAUUUUAUAUCAACAAGGAGUAAUGAAAAAUAAAAUUCUAUUCUUAUCCCUAAAGAAAAUUAAAAACUAAAGCUCCAAAUCUAACCAGAAAGUUCUCGUCGUACAAAUACAAUAUAGGAUUUUACAGAUGUAAAUAUAAAAAAUUACUCUCCUUCUCAUAAAACUCAAACUACACCUAACUCUCCGACAAGUUCUUAGAUAAUGAAACAAAAAGAAAGGUCGAACAGAAGGUUGGCUUAAGCAAAAAAAGAAACAGAUAAAAGAAUGUCUUUAAUAUUGAAAAACUUAAAAGAAAUGACUCAGCUUAGAUAAGAGAAUGCUGUGAUUCCAUAUGAUCUUAGGUCUUAGAGUGAAAUUUCAGAGCAUGAAGAUAAAAAAGAACUCUCUAAAAUAGAUAUAAUUCCUUAUCAAGCAGAGCUAUAUGAUUUAAAUAAAGACCUUACUAAAUUAAAAGGAGAAACAUAAAUAGAUAUAGCUAGCUUAAUUAGUAGGGUAAAGUAAAAUAAUUAAAUCAGAGCUGAUAUUUAUGCUAACAUUUAAGACAUAGCAGAUAAAAGAAUGAGAAAUAAUGAAAUUAUAGGCAAAUAAGGCGCUAUCAAAGCUAAAAGAAGACUAAGCGAGUGCAGUUAUAGGCAAUAGAAACAAGAAAUAAAAGAAUUAAAAUAUUAAGCUUUGCAUGAUAAAGAUUAAACUAGGUAAUACAGGAUUGAGCAUUUUUUAAGUAUGACAAGUAAUCCAACAAGUAAAUCACCUUCUUAACUUAAAUCUCUCUAAAACAGUCCUCAUAUUACCCCAAAAUUCAAACAAAAAAUUGGAGAUUUAUUAUCACAAAACCCAUUCUGA